UUUUUUCAAUACUUACUUACAGUUGUCAUAAAGAAACUACCAGUCACAAAUCUGAGAAGGAAAUCUCGAAUGGCCUCGCCAAAAUAAAAAAUACGACCAGACGGACACAAUGACUACAGGACAAUGAGAAUUUUAUUAUGAUAAAUAAACGACAAAUCUGCUUAGUAAAUAAAUUCACUCAAUUAUAAUUUUAUUACUAGGUAAUAAAUAUCAUUGAAUGGAAAACAGAAUGCUCCUCGCAACGUUGGUGAUGGAUAACAAAAUCCAGGUGGAGGAAACUUUUACGGAUAGGUGGCAGCACUAGUGACACAGUUUUUAUGUCAGUAAAUUUGCAGCCUUCGUGAAAUUCAGCUUUAGGUAAAAACCUGUUUGCAUUUGCAAGUUGUUAAUCGCCAGUUUAAAAAACAAUGGAGACACCUUCGUGAUAGACGGGAUCGCUAAUAUUCAAGGGCAGCGGAGUGACGAUGAGUAGUGCAGCCUCCUCCGCGGCUCCCGCCGCUCAAUGAUGAAGUGUUCGCAGAUCGAUGUGAUGGCGUGCACAGUGAAGCUAGAGGGCGAGGACAAGGAUCGCAAAUUCAACGCAGCGAAUAAAGAGCAACCUCAUGAGAGCGGGUCGCUGCCAGAUGCCUCUGACUCGCUACAGAAACCCGACUACUUCCCCAAACAACGCCACCGGUGGAACACGAACGAGGAAGUUUCUGCCUUCCUGAAUUGUUUCGAGAGUCAUCGGGAUUGGUUGACGUCGGACGUCCGCCUCAGGCCCAAGUCUGGCUCGAUGCUCCUCUACAACCGCAAGGUGUGCAAGUACCGGAAGGAUGGCUACUGCUGGAAGAAGCGCAAGGACGGCAAGACCACACGAGAGGACCACAUGAAACUCAAAGUACAGGGAGUCGAGUGCAUAUACGGAUGCUACGUGCACUCUGCCAUACUGCCAACCUUUCAUCGCCGCUGCUACUGGCUGCUGCAGAAUCCGGACAUAGUGCUGGUGCAUUACCUGAACGCACCGUUUGAGCAGGACAGCAAGCCGUGCGUGCUCUAUGGACUCAACUAUUACCUGGACAAGCGGCAAUGGACGCAGGAAGAACUUAUCUCUCAGCUGAAGCCAAUGUUUUACAGUGAAGAUCAGGUCGAUAUGAACAACGAAACGGAGAAAGCGACGGCGCAGACGAUUGACGCCAUCGUGCAGCAGCUGCUGGACCGGCAGAACCACAAGGCUGCGUGCACGGCAGACUGUACCUGCCACGACGCGUCGCGCCGCGACCGAUGUCCCCGCCACCGCGCCCUCACGCCGAAGAUCAAACGCUCCAGCCCGCCGGUGGCCGCCGUUACCGCGGCGACAAACGGCGGCUACGCGGCCGACAUGAAUGGCCACCAGGGGGCGCCGAUCGUCAUCGACGUGUCGCAGCUUCGUGGCGAGAACGGCGUCGUCGUCGUCAACGGCGACGGAAGCAGCGGCACGCAGACGCCGACCGCAAUGUCGCUGAAGGUCGCCAACAAGUUGUCGUCGGCGACGGCGACGACGGCAGACGCGCGAGAGGGCGCCACCAGCAACGGCGUGUACAGCAGCGGCGGCCACAUCUACCAUCUGCCGCCUGGUGACGUCUUCGGCUCCGGUGCUGACACCUACGUUGCAAAACAGACUGAGUGGAGUGCGCCACCGAUGACACAGAGCCACCUGGUGACGAAUGGCAUGGGCGAGCUGUACGGUGGCGCCGCCCUGGCGACGGCCGGCGACGACGACUUUGGGCAGAAGGUGAACGGCGUCGCGGACUUUCAUGGAGCGGACGAUCUCUUUGAACUCGACAUGCUCCACGACUUUCCCGACUUCCUCCAGUCGGACGACUACCACCAGGCGGCGCUGGCGCACCCGACUCUUGAGACGGUGGUCGGCACGGCGACGGAGGUGUUCGACGGGGGAGGGAUGCCGGAUGGUGGCGCCGCCUCUCGGCACGAUGUCAUCAGCGACUUUUCGCCGGAGUGGUCGUAUCCAGAGGGAGGAACCAAGGUUCUGGUGACGGGGCCAUGGUACUCGCAGACUCUGCCCUACACCUGUUUGUUUGACAGCAUCAGCGCACCUGCAUCGCUUAUACAGAGUGGAGUUCUUCGAUGCUUCUGUCCAGCACAUGAGCCGGGCCUCGUCACGCUACAGGUGGCCUGCGACAGCGUCGUCAUCUCCACAUCCGUCGUGUUCGAGUACAAGGCCCGCCCCUCCGCCCUGCAGCCGGCCAAUCACGAGCAGUGGCUCUCCGUCGACGAGGACAGGUUCAAGAUGUCCAUCCUGGAGCGAUUGGAGCAAAUGGAGAGAAUGCUUGCGAACACUAGCCAAAAAUCUCAGAGAGCCCAGCAGAGUGCGAUUCCGUUCAACACGAGCACGCUGUCCUUCGAGGAUCGGCUCGUCUCCUACGUUCAGCGCGCGAGCCAGCGACCGUGGCUGAAGCCAACGCAGAUCCAGUGUCUGCCGCGCACAUGCCGCGGCAUGAACACCCUGCACCUAGCCACCGCGCUCGGCUACACACGCCUCGUGCAGACGCUCAUACGCUGGAGGUGUGAGAGCCCGAGCAUCGUACUGGACAUGGAGGUGGAUGCGGUAACCGGCGACGACAUGAUGUGCACUCCGCUGAUGUGGGCGUGUGCGCUGGACCACAAGGACACGGCGUUGCUACUCUACCAGUGGAACAGCGCAGCGCUGAGCGUACAGAACGCUGCGGGACUGCUGCCCCUCGACGCGGCCCGCGGCCACGCGUCCAGCCGGCUAGCCGACCAGCUAGAGAGCAUGGAGGUCGCGCGCGUCAGCUGUAACUCACAACACAUGGCGGCGUGGAAGGACGUGUCGUCGCCCGCGGCAACGCCGACGUCCACCCGCUCCUCCUCGAUCACGUCCGACGACGCUCUCAUGGCCGUCGCGUCGCUCUACCACGACGAAUCAGACGUCAGCGACUCAGACGCAAAGAAGAUGGCGUCCACCGCCGCCACGUGGCCCUACGCAAAGUCUUGCGACACCGACGAGAGAUGGCGCCACGGGUCGCGGCACGGCCGGCUCUGCAAGCGGCAGUCGGUCGAGGGGCCGGACGAGAUCAGGAACGACUCGUCAGCGAAGCAGCGUCGCACGCCCUCUGUUGAGAGAAAGCUGCAGAGCGGCGGCGGCAGCGUGGAUGCAGCAGACAAGCCGGCUGAGGCGGCCCUCGCCUCUCCACUCUUCAUGGACGUUGACCCUGAUGACUCAUUGCGUGGUUACCAUGACUACAGAUUGGGCAGGGAUGAAGAUCAAACCUCGCUCCUCAUGGAUACAGACGCCGACACGCUGUCGAGCUGCAGCCCGCUCAUCGACGUCGUCAAUCUAUCCGACGACGAAUGCGAGAACGUGGCGCCCCCACGCUCGGUGGCGGACGAGGGUGGCGGUGGCGGCGGCGGCGGUGGGCGCGCGGGCGACCAGCGCGUGCUGACGCUGGCAGAGCAGAUCAUCGCGGCGAUACCGGAGCGCAUCAAGAACAACCUGCACAUGAGCGACGUGGCGGGAGCGGACGACGCCGGGUUCACGCUAGACAGCCGCCGAUACAGGGGCUGGGGAGGCAGUACUCCCUCCUCCAGCUCUAGCCCAGCCUCCAGUCUGCAGAGCCCCUCGCCACCGCCCACCGCCGCCGAGUUCCGGGGCUUCUUCAAUGCAUCCGGGAAGAUGCUGGAGAGAAACUUUGCGGAGUUGACACUGUCCGAUAAGGAACAGAGAGAACUCUAUGAGGCAGCAAAGAUUAUUCAGUGUGCAUAUCGCCAGUAUAGGGGGCGCCGCCGGCAGCAGGAGCAAGAGCGCGCAGCAGCAAUACUCAUCCAGAGCUACUAUCGUCGGUACAAGCAGUACGCGUUCUUCAAGAAAAUGACGCGGGCCGCCGUGCUGAUCCAGAGCCAGUACCGCAGCUACCGGCAGCACAAGUACCGCAAGCAGGCAUGCCACCUGAGCAGCGAUCUGGCUAGUCGCUGUUGUGCCCAGUCUAUCCUGCAGCAACAGCCCAUCAAUAGCAACAGUAGUAACAUCAAUGCCGGCAGCAGUGGCGGCCUCUAUAUUGAAAACGUUCUCACGCUGAAGCGACAGCAGGCGGCGGCGAGAAAGAUCCAACGGUUCAUGCGGCAAUCGAAAAAUAGGUUGCAGCAAGAACGAGCAAGAUUGGCAGGCAUGGCAAGAAGAGAGACUGCCGAUGACAUGCUGUAGCCAUGGCAACGCCAGCCGGCCAGCCGACGCCAUGUUGGGAAGGAUGGAGGCGGUCACCAACCGGUAGCUAUGCGGUUUCGGCGCGCGAGAGCGAGCGACGUUCUUGUGUUUACUAGCGGGCAAGUCGGCUAUCGUGGUACGCGAGCCAGUCGUGUGACGUAGGCGUAGCGACAUGAAGCGAUCGCCUCUCGUCGUUCCACCGUGAAGUGUUAAGGAGAGAUCUUGCCUCCCCCCCCCCGCAACGUCGUUUGCGGCGGUGGCGCUCUCUCUCGCACGCUGUCCACGAUUGCAGAGCAUGCGUCGAUGUUGCUUUAACCACCUUCUUCGUGGAGAAGGGGGGAGUGUACGUGUGCUGAGACCGGGAGGAACUCCGUUGCAUUAUGUAAAAGUUUGCGUUGUCGACCGGACGAGAGAGCGUCGCGUGGCAAGGUCUUUGGCAAGCGAGAGAGGACACGCCCUUCGGUACCUCGAUGAUGGCCCCUCCCCCUGGAGAAAGGGAGUCGCACUGUAGCACCACACCCCUCACCCACCCCCGCACCCCUCACCCCCCUGUGAUGACAUUUGUGCCUACCCUCGGGCAGAUGUAUCUCUGCUACACUGCCCCCCACCCCCAUCCACACCCCUGUGGUGGUUAGCACUAGAACUAUAGCCCUUUCUCUCCACCACAGGCCUUGCUGCUGUGGCGCAGGAAAGGGCUAUAGUUGUAGAGCUACCUCGUGGUGAGUCUAUGUUAGUAGUGUGCAAGGACGUAAGGUAGUGUGGCACGUAGACAUGACCGGUAGGGCGAUGUUUACGGCCAUGUACGGGGCGAUGUUUACGGCCAUGUACGGGGCGAUGUUUACGGCCAUGUACGGGGCGAUGUUUACGUGCGAAUUCCGUUCAUGCAGGUUAAUAUUUAACCCUUUAUCUCUGCGAAGCUCCGCCCGCAUUAUUCGGUUGAUGCACAUAUGAUAUACCUGAAGAUUGAGGAUAACAUCGCCCGUGUAAAUAGCAUGUAGAACUUUCGUAAGCACUUUAAUACUGAUCUAUUGCAUGAUAUUUGUAAUACGUUUGGUGUGGUGGUUUGGAAACGUAAGUCUGCUCAUUUUGGAGAUAAAGGUCGAUUACUUGCAUAUAUGUACUUGGCUUAAAUGUUGCACACGCAAGCAACUUCUAUAUAUUGUGUGACUUCAGUGGGUAAAGUUUGUGCCCUGUUUGAGGUUUGAUGAAUGAAUCGGUGUUUUUAUUACCGAGAAUGACGUCAUACCUUCGCAUAACACGUGAUGUCGAUAAUAUCAGAAGUGCAUAAUAAUAGAUCAAUCUAAGCUAGAUAAUAAUCUAGUAUUAUUCACUCCUGAUAAUACGAACAUCUGUCAACACAAAACAUGGCGUAACACAGAUCAUUUCGCCUACUGAUUGCAUCUGUGAAUCGCUCUAAAUCCAAUUGCUGUCCCCUGCUUCGUUGCUGGGGAUGUAUAUGUAUAUAUAAAUGCUAGACGUGAUUCUGCACGUCGCUCGCCCGCGUACAUCCGUCGUUUCUCCACAAACACGGAGACGCGCACACGACGGAGCGAGAAUCAAGCGACGUUUCACGAACGAACGAAUGAAAAAAAAAACGGGUGGUUUGAGGUGAUCUGAAAGACCAAGAAUCGAUAGUAGAUAUAGUCGCUAAACGCAUCGCUCUUUGUGAUAUCGAUUAUCCACUGUGCAUUUUGGCAUGCACGUCUCAAUUGUCAAUUCUAGUAUAUAUACGUAUAUAUAUAUAUAUAUAUAUACGUAAUCGAAUAUCGUAAUGUGUUUGAAUUUUAUAAAUUUUAGCGCUAAAUUUUUUGGGAGAGUGCGUAGAGUUAAACCUCUCUAUAAGCAUAGUCUAUUGUGCCCCGAUAUUUUGCUUGAUUAUAGUAUCAGCCUGGUACUUUUGUUGGUUAGGUUUGUAGGUUUGGUACUGCGCUGUUUUUCUCAUGGCAUGUGAUGGCUUGAUGAGCAGUUUAGGCAUACGCAUUUCCUUUCAGACAUGCGCUCCCAAUGCACUCAUGCGCUUCAUGUAACCAGCUAGGGUAGCAGAUGGUCGCCAAAGUCGUUUCACAGCUUGUGUUUUGAGAUUUUAAGUCGGUAGCUAUUUUAAGUAUUUGGUUAGGGUUUUUUCUUCUCACUUGCCGCUUGUACUGCUCGCACAAGGUUUGGGCACAUGCAGUCAUAAGAUAGCAGCUAUUUUGAAUUGUAGCUUAGAAGCAGCCGUUAUUGUAGUCUUGCAACUUCCUUGAAUGAUCGUAGUGGAGGAUUUAACCGAAGCCGAUGCUCCACAGGCAUUCGGUUACGGUUAUAUGGUUUAUGGUUGUUUUUGUUCUUGUAAAUAAUUGUCAGUUUUUAUCGUAUGCGAGAUUUCGACCAAGCGCGCUCAUAAGUAUCUUCCAAAUUUGCACGGAACACGUAUUUUGGGUAUUUCAAUACGCCCCUAACGUUUUUUAUAUAAAAUACUUAACUAGAAAAAGCAGACAGGCAGAUGUCAUUUGCAUUUUUUGUGUAGCACCCAUUAUAAGAUAUUGCUAUAUAUUCGACUAACUUUUUGCAACAUAUUGUGUUGCGGUUUCGUAUUAUUAUAAAAUAACGUAAGUGCACGUGUGUGUGUUCUAGUAGAAAACGCGGGAAAAUUAAGCUGUUCGUUGUGGAACACUAUGCAUUUAAUCUGACGUCGAGCGAUUCCAGAGCGAUCUGUGUCGCCUGCGUGACUUGUACUUUAAAACUAACAUUUACUAUUUGUGAUUUGAAAUCUUUAUUCAAACUGACGUGUUGGUGCCGCGAUCUGUUUGUCAGAUGACGUCAUCAGAUAUAUCGAUAGAUUUUUCGGAUGGAAGUCGCUAUCAUCCUUUUCCAAUGCUUAUCGCUUGUAUGAAUUCCUUUAAUCGCGUAUUCUCAUUCGAGUGUAGUAGCAGUACAAACCUAACCAUCCUCUCAUCGCGGUUAUUUUUAUUUGCGCGUUUUUUGUGUGUGGAAUUUUUGCGAUCGUUUUCAAGAACGUAAGUAUCGCGUCAGUUGAGAGUUACCUGUGUGUGUAGGGAAGCCAAGCUUCCACUGCACCCCUGUAGUAGCGUCUGUCCAUCACUAAAACUUGUCCCUCUCACAUAAACCUGCGUAACUCUACGACUGCAUACAUCGUUAACUUAAUUGUUGUAAACGUUAACUUUACGCUCACAUUUAAUCCUACUUAUCGACUUUAAUACAAUUUAUAAUUAGCCGUGCUUAUAGUUAUAUGCGGCAUAUUUUUAGUCGUAUUCUUGAUAUUAUAAUACUUAAUGACUCAUUCAUUAUUAAAUUUAAUAGUACUACUUCUUUCUGUGUGUAUAGUGACUUAAUUUUCACUAACAACGUUUCAAUGCUCUCCCUCUCUCACCCGAUUAUGUUGAACGACGGAAUGAAAGAUAGUGAUUAUGUGCGCAAACCAUGUGGGUAGAUUAGAUUGAAGGCAGUCUUAUCGUUUGGAUAUGAAUGACGUAUAUUGACAGACAGUCGUGAUCUCUUAGCUUCGCAGUAAAAGGUAGCAGCGUGUGUACAUGUGUGCGUGCGCUCGCGGGCACGGGUGUAGUUCUACUUUGUAUGCACUCCAUUUUUGUGUCCGUGGAUUUACGUGGAUUUAUGGAACUUUUUUAAAUGUUGGGCAAAAACAAGGCGGGCAAUAUUCACUACGAUGAAAAUAUUUCCGCUCGUUUUUGUCUUUUGGUAUACGGUUACUUCAGGUGUAGUUCGUGUUUACGUCUCCACAUUUGCUGUUAUCGUUGUUGUUGUUGUUGUUAUUGUUGUUAUUUGCUACGACUGUGUUUCAGGAACUUGUGUCUGUGAGCGUAGGAGAGCCAUUGCACGCGUAAAGGAAGCCUUUACCUUGCUGCCACUCCACCCCCUGCUAAAUCGGGUCUUACUUAUCUAAACUUUUGCUAAAGAAAUAUAGUUGUGGAGAAAAGCUUUAAGGAUGAAGAAUCGGAUGUGGUUUCGCGCAUGCUCUGAGAGUCGCGGUUCUCGUUUUUAAGCGCGUUUUCCGCAUCGGCUGCGCUUCUUUGUCGCGGCUACUAUACUCGCUAUAAUCGUUGUCUUUGUAUGUAUCAUUCUCAUUUACUCAUCUAAAUGAUAUUUGAUCGAUGUUAUAAAUCUUUUUUUUAUUUUACAUAUUACAAACACCUAUUAUUAUUACUCGAGUACGUUUUUUGCUGCACGUGAAGUCGUGAACGUAUAAAGCUUACAAAUAAGAUUUUUUCAUGUGUGCGUAUUAAAUAGACGCGUUUUUACUCGUCCUACUACCCGUUGACGUUAACUUUUAAUAAGAGCUGUGACGUGGGAUUAAUUAUCUGGAACGGCUUUGUUGAUUGUUGUAGUCUUCUCGUGCGUGUGUAAGUCGGUUUUUUCAAAGUUAUUUUUAUUCACUCCUGAUGUGAUCAAGAUCAUGUAAAUGUUUUGACUUUAGGUUUGAAGUUUUAUGUGCCCUUGGUAGGAUGCGUCGCCUCUCUCUCCCUUUCUCUCUCUCUCUCUCUCUCUCUCUCUCUCUCUCUCUCUCUUUCUCUCUCUC